GGGUGCCCUGCCCGCCGUCCGCCUCAGUGGGCCCCUGGGUGCCCUGCCCGCAGCACGUGCUCAGGGAUGGUCCCGCUCCCCGGCUGCGGGGACACCCAGGCGGGGGGCCAGACCCAGCACCCCAGUAAUAACGCUCUCCGUCGACAGUUACAUACUGUCUACCAGUCUGUGGACCUGCCCGAGACACACCAGAUGCUGCGCCAGACGUGCCGGGACUUUGCCGAGAAGGAGCUGUUUCCCAUCGCGGCCGAGAUAGACAAGGAGCACCGCUUCCCAGCGGCUCAGGUGAAGAAGAUGGGCGGGCUCGGGCUCCUGGCCAUGGAUGUGCCGGAGGAGCUGGGUGGCGCGGGCCUCGACUACCUGGCCUACGCCAUCGCCAUGGAGGAGAUCAGCCGGGGCUGUGCCUCCACCGGAGUCAUCAUGAGCGUCAACAACUCCCUCUACUUGGGGCCCAUCAUGAAGUUUGGCUCCAAGGAGCAGAAGCAGAAGUGGGUCACGCCUUUCACCAGCGGCGACAAAAUUGGCUGCUUUGCCCUCAGCGAGCCAGGGAAUGGCAGCGACGCGGGAGCCGCAGCCACCUCCGCCCGGGCAGAGGGUGACUCGUGGGUCCUGAACGGCACCAAAGCCUGGAUCACCAACUGCUGGGACGCCUCGGCUACGGUGGUCUUUGCCAGCACCGACAGGUCCCUGCGCCACAAGGGCAUCAGCGCCUUCCUGGUUCCCAUGCCAACGCCCGGGCUCUCGUUGGGGAAGAAGGAAGACAAGCUGGGCAUCCGGGCCUCAUCCACGGCCAACCUCAUCUUUGAGGACUGCCGCGUCCCCAAGGACAACCUGCUGGGGGAGCUGGGCAUGGGCUUCAAGAUAGCCAUGCAAACCCUGGACAUGGGCCGCAUUGGCAUCGCCUCCCAGGCACUGGGCAUCGCCCAGGCCGCCCUUGACUGCGCUGUGAACUACGCCGAGAAUCGCAAGGCCUUUGGGGCGCCCAUCACCAAGCUCCAGGGCAUCCAGUUCAAGUUGGCGGACAUGGCCCUGGCCCUGGAGAGUGCCCGGCUGCUGACCUGGCGCGCGGCCAUGCUGAAGGACAACAAGAAGCCUUUCACCAAGGAGGCGGCGAUGGCCAAGCUGGCUGCGUCGGAGGCCGCGACCGCCAUCAGCCACCAGGCCAUUCAGAUCCUGGGUGGCAUGGGCUACGUGACAGAGAUGCCGGCCGAGCGGCACUACCGCGACGCCCGCAUCACCGAGAUCUACGAGGGCACCAGUGAGAUCCAGAGGCUGGUCAUCGCCGGCCACCUGCUCAAGAGCUACCGGAGCUGAGCCCCGAGGGCCGCCCUGCCCGCGGGCUGCGGACUGACUGUGCGGAGUGGGAGCCACGUGGCCCGAACCCGGCUCCAGACACGGGCGGACAGGCAGGGCCCAGGCCACCGCCCCAGCCCUCCCGGGUGGCCCCCAGACCAACGUGCCGGAGCCUUCGAGGAGGCGAGGCGAGGGGCUGGGACCUGUGUGAGGACUCGGCCCCUCUUUCCUGGCUCCGCUCCCCUCCCGACGUGCCUUAUUCUUCAUCCGAGGGUUCGGGCCCUCGUGCUCAGCAGGAGGCCGGGAGGCCUGGGAACCGCAGUGUCUGCUCUUUUCCCUGAGGUCAGGGGUCAGGAGGAGUGGGUGGGGCUGGAGUAACUUCACAGCAGCAGUCGCUGUAGCCGUGCUCUCGGCGCUGCCUGGGGACGGCUGGGGCCUGUGCUCCAGGGUAAGCGGGGGCAGGGGGGUGGCUGAGGGGCCUCGGGACAGUGUGGGAACGGACAGCAAUAAAGUGGACCCUCCGAGCGA